CGCAAAGCUGAAACAUUUCGAAGCUUUUUAGAGUUCCUAUAAAUAUGCAGCUUGCCAAUGCUAGCUACGAAGCAAUUGUCAGUCCUAUGUCGGAGCUGCAUUAAUAAAAAUUUUUUAUAAAAAUGCCAAACAAGCUUACAAUCGCCCUUCUGCAACUUUCUGUGGGCAGGGAAGUUGCUUUAAACGUGCGCCGGGCAGCUGACAGCGUCAGGAAGCUGAAGGUGGAUAACCCGCGGCUGCAGCUGGCCAUUCUGCCGGAGAGCUUCAAUGCGCCCUACGGGCAGGAGUACUUCCCUAAAGUUGCUGAGGAGGUGCCAAAAGGCCCGACCUCUCAGUCGCUGUCGCAGCUCGCCAGCGAGCUAAGCAUCUAUAUAAUUGGCGGCAGUAUCGUCGAGCGCGAGGGCGACAAGCUGUACAACACAUGCACCGUGUGGGGGCCCGAUGGAACCCUCAUAGGCAGGCAUCGCAAGAUCCACCUUUUCACAAUGAGCAUUGAACCCGCCAAUUUUGGAGGCGUGGAGUUCGACGAAGCUGCUUUCCUGUCAGCGGGAUCAGAGCCAACCGUGGUACAGAUUGGGCAGCAGAAGAUUGGCAUUGGUAUCUGUCACGACAAGCGCUUUGAGGAGCUUGCGAGGAUCUACCGCAACAUGGGUUGCACCAUGCUGGUCUACCCGUCCGCAUUCUGCAUCUGCCAGGGACCAAUGCAUUGGGAGCUGCUACAACGAGCCAGGGCGACCGACAACCAGCUUUUCGUGGUAACUUGCUCGCCUGCCCGCGACAACAUGUCGGGCUAUGUGGCCUACGGUCACUCGAUGGUCGUAAACCCUUGGGCCCAAGUACAACGCGAGGCUGGCGAGGGCUGUGAGUUCAUUGUCGAGGAGAUCGAUUUUGACGUGGUCGACCAAGUGCGCCGUCAAAUUCCCAUCUACAAACAGCGGCGCACUGAUGUGUACGCUAAGGCCAGAUUUGAUUUGUAAUGUUGUCAACAAUUCAAAGCCCAAUAUAUAAGGCAAAUAAAGCAAUCUAGAAACAGUG